AUGCCCGACAAGUCGGCGUCGGUCGUCACCUACGCCGCCGGAGCCUCUCUCGCCGCCGCCGCCCUCAUCUACGUCUUUGCGCCCAACUUUUCCAUCGACCACGAUCCUGCGAGCUCAAAGAAGAAGUCCAUUGUCGGUCUGCGGAACCAGGCCAAUGACUGCUUCAUCAACUCGGUCCUCCAGGCCCUCGCCGGCCUCGGGGAGCUGCGCGUCUACCUGAUCCGCGAGACGCACCGUCGCCGUAUUGAGGAUCCCGCCGUCUAUGCCAGUCUCGUCCAGCCCGAGGGCAAACAGAUGGCACAAUGGAAGCUACAGGGUCUGCAGGAGGGUCUCGUCACCCAGGGAUUGAAGGAGAUGCUGGAUGCGCUUAACGAACGCCCCAUCUAUAGGAAGUCCAUUUCCCCUUUCCAGUUCGUCAAGGUCCUGGAGGCUGCUUUUAAGCAGAGGAUUAGCCGCCAGCAGCAGGACGCGCAGGAGUUCCUGCAGAUUGUCGCUGAGCGGCUCAAGGAUGAGUAUCACUGCGGCCAGCGCGCAAGACUCCACGCUCGGAGAGGUCUCAUAGCCAGGCCCAGCACUGUGAGCCUCGAUCAAACGUCGAGCAGCCAGGUCAACGGGAAUGAUAGCGAUGGAUCGUCACAGGAGCAGUCAGCCAGCAACGACAACGGUGAUUCUGCCAUUGAACCGUCCACGGAAGCCGAGAUCCCCCAGAUCAACGGCCAAUUACCAAUUGAAAUAGAGGAGGGCUUCCCCAUGGAGGGAAAAUACGAGUCCCAUCUGGAGUGCCAGACUUGUCGAUACAAGACCAAGCCACGGGAGGAAACCUUCUGUACCAUCACACUGGCUGUGCCACAGGUCUCGAGCACAACCCUCAACGGGUGCUUUGACGGAAUCUUCAAGACCGAGUUUAUUGACGACUUCAAGUGCGAGAUGUGCCGCCUGCUGCAGACAAGGAACAAUCUAAAAGACGAGAUUGCCAAGUCGACAUCUGACAGCUUCAAGGCGCAAGCCCAGGAGAGCCUCGAUAAGCUGCAGUACGCCAUUGACACCGACCCCGAGAACCCCCCAGAGGAUGUGGAGCUUGGAGAUAUGCGGUAUGCGCCCAAGCGGAGAAUCGCAAAGACGACUCGCAUGUCCAUCUUCCCCAAGAUCUUGGCCAUUCACCUCUCGCGGUCCAUCUAUGACGCUGGGCAGAUGACGCAGAAGAACUCUGCCAAGGUCUCUUUCCCAGAGCAACUGCCCCUGGGUGGCUUGAUGGACCAGAGGAAGUACAAGCUUCUCGGCCUUGUAACCCAUCGUGGUGGACAUAACAGUGGUCACUACGAAGCCUUCAGGCGGCAAAAUCUCCCUGCCCCCUACUCCAACCCAAACACUUUCCACCCUUCCGAGGUCUACAGCAAGACCCCGACGCCUAUUUCUACCCCGGUGAUUGGGGCUCGCCCGACACACAGCCCGGCAAUCUCGACCCCUGAUCUCCUCUCGGCAUCGUCGGGCGACAGCUCGUCGACGCCGUCCCUGGAGUCAAUGGCUGCCCCUCCGAGGAGCGUUCCCUCGGAUCUGCGCACCUCGAUUAGCCUCCCAGCAAUAGGCAAGAAGGACUCCGAGACUGUCAGUCUUCGCUCUGUCGCCGCAUCUACCAAGUCGGCGCUCUCCAAGCUCACGUCUCCGAAGCAGACACACGACAGCCCGUCACCUCCAAAGCCAGUGGUUUCGCCGCCCAGACGAUCGAAGAGGCGCAAGACGACGGACAAGUGGUGGCGGGUCAACGACGAAAAGGUGCGCGAGGCAAAGACCAGCGAGGUGCUGGGCAUGCAGCGGGAGGUGUAUCUGCUAUUCUACGAGCUCGAGAAGGAUUCCUAG